UUUCAUUCCAACUAUCUAAUCGUGACUAUAGAUAAAGUCAUAAGGAUAAUAUUAUUUAUGUGUUAUGUUGUGCAAUUGAAAUUGAAAAUAUUCAUGUUUUAUUUCGGUACUUUUACUCACCUAAACAUAAGCGUCGUAAACCACUGUAUUAGAAUAUUGUAAAGAUGAAUCCGUUUGAAGGAAUGGAGAUCUCCGACAAUUGGCAAACACUGUUCAACAUAAACGAACGGCAACCUUGCCGCAAGUGUUCUAAGUCUAGAAAAUACUUUUGCUAUACAUGUUACACUUUAAAUGCCGACAUCGAAAAUAAAAUACCCAUGGUUAAGUUACCGUUCAAAAUUGACAUUAUCAAGCACAGCAGAGAGAUAGCGGGCAAAAGCACUGCGAUACACGCUGCUCUUUUAGCGCCAAAUGAUGUCACUAUUUACAUUUACCCUGACAUGCCUAAGUACACUGAAGACGAUAAGAAUAAUGGACAUCAAAACGUCCAAAACCAUAAUGAAUUGUGUCCAAUUGUCCUUGUGUGCCAUCAAUGGUUUACAAUUUUAAAUGUAUUUAUUGACCUAUUCAUUCAUCAUAUAGAUCUUAUAUCAUGGGUCUUCAAUCCAUGGCUCGAGUUGUGA